CCAACCAGCUCACAGCUAAAGAGCUCCUCUGUUCCCGCCACGCUGAUCGGGCUUUAAACCAGAACUUGCCCCCUGAAAAAAAAUUGAGAUUACCAAAGGAAUUCAUUGCUCAAGUUUAAAGGUACAACAUUUUUUUCUAUCUUAGUAUUUUACCAUUUCACAUGUCUUCAAAUACAUACUUACCAUUUGACCAGUAGCUGUAUCUGUGUGUGUCUGCAUGUGUGUGAGGCUGUGAAUCAAUAUUAGUAUAACCGCACGUGUGUUAGUUACUCGAGUGUACGUAUAAGGAAGUCUGAAUGCCCUAUGGGUGCAACACGUGUUCUUCAUUCAUAUACACAGCGUUUCAUUGACAGAAGACUUACAUUAUAUUAUAUUUUGUAAUCAUUUUUGGACUUUGUAUGUGCUGUAUAGAGUUUUUGAGUGACAGUUCUUAUAGAUUGUAGCAAAGCCAUGAUACACAGCACAACUCAAAAAAUGGAUAGACUACCUUUCCGCACUUGUUUUUGUGCUCAAAUAUCAAAUGCUACCUCUCACAAUAUGUUCUUCCCUUUCAAUCAAGACACUCAUAAGUGAGGAAGAGGAGCAACAGCUUUCAUCAAGCAGCACCUGAAAGGUGUGUCCAUCAAAGUUGACUGACAAGUUCAAGUUCCUGCAAGUUUUUUAACAGAUCUGACGAUUCCAGAGGCAGCUAUGACUCAGAGCAAUGGAGAGAACCGUCAAAGGAACCGGAGCGGUCUCCACCAGAUCCGGGCCAUGAUCCAGUCCCGAUCAAUGCUGGCCAAGAAGAGAGUGGAGAACAUCACGAAGGAUGACGUGAAAGGAUUCUUCAAGAGAAACGCCUUUGUGCUCUUUACCGUCGCUGCUGUAAUUCUUGGCAUCAUACUUGGAUUUGCCCUCCGACCUUAUAAAAUGUCUUACCGGGAGGUGAAGUACUUCUCGUUCCCUGGGGAGCUGCUGAUGAGAAUGCUUCAGAUGCUGGUGCUGCCCCUGCUGGUUUCCAGCCUCAUCACAGGUAUGGCCGCUCUGGACGGCCGUGCUUCUGGGAAAAUGGGGCUGAGGGCGGUGGUCUACUACACCACCACUACUGUCAUUGCCGUGUUCAUCGGUAUCGUCUUGGUUCUCAUUAUUCACCCUGGGAAAGGAUCAAAGGAUGAGUUCACCAAACAGCCAAAGAUAGAGGAGAUCAACGCAUCUGAUGCCUUCCUGGACCUCAUCAGAAACAUGAUUCCUCCUAACCUUGUGGAGGCUUGCACCAAACAGUUCAAGACGCAGUAUGCCAAGAGAGUAGUCCUCGUGAGGAUAACAGUGAAUGACACCGUAUUCACACUCAACGGUAGCGAGGAGAUCACCCAGGAGGAGACGAUCCCAGUGCCAGGGUCGGUUAACGGAGUCAAUGCUCUCGGCCUGGUGGUGUUCUCAAUCUGCUUCGGUCUGAUCAUCGGGAGCAUGAAGGAACAGGGGAAGCCCCUCAAGGACUUCUUCGACUGUCUCAAUGAAGCCGUCAUGAGGCUGGUCGCCAUAAUCAUGUGGUACGCCCCUAUCGGUAUCCUGUUCCUGAUUGCUGGUAAGAUCGUGGAGAUGGACGACAUCACAUCCAUGGGUGGCCAGCUGGCAAUGUACACAGUGACCGUCAUUUGCGGCCUGACCAUCCACGCCGUAGUUGUCCUACCAACGCUCUACUUCAUCGUCACCAGGAAGAACCCCUACGUUUUCAUCGCUGGGCUGUUGCAGGCACUCAUCACUGCCCUGGGAACAUCAUCAAGUUCUGCCACACUGCCGGUCACUUUUAAAUGCCUGGAGGAAAACAACAAGGUGGACAAGCGCGUGACCCGUUUCGUGCUCCCUGUCGGCGCCACCAUAAACAUGGAUGGCACAGCUUUAUAUGAAGCCCUGGCUGCCAUCUUUAUUGCUCAGGUCAAUGAUUAUGACCUUACCUUUGGACAGAUUCUCACCAUCAGUAUCACGGCGACAGCAGCCAGUAUUGGAGCAGCUGGAAUCCCUCAGGCAGGACUGGUCACCAUGGUAAUAGUGCUAACGUCUGUAGGCCUGCCCACUGACGACAUCACACUCAUCAUUGCAGUUGAUUGGUUCCUGGACCGAUUGCGCACCACCACCAACGUCCUCGGAGACUCCAUCGGUGCAGGUAUAGUGGAGCACCUGUCUCGCCACGAGUUGCAGAAGAAGGACCCCGAGGUGGGCAACUCAGUGGUGGAGGAGGCCGACAAGAAGCCGUACCAGCUCAUCUGCCAGGAGAAUGAGUAUGAUACCGAGAGGCAUGCUGACAGCGAGACCAAGAUGUAGAUUUUUGUCCAAGGUUGUCUACAUUCCUAGGAAAACCAUUGCACUGCAUUGAACCACGCUCUCAAACUAUGCUCCUCUUAAUUUGAAAACCUUCCUCUCACAAGGUUGGAGGGUUUGAAAUAAAUUGAUCUACAGCUAGAACAUUUUUCAGCCAAGAUGUGCGAGAUGUAGUGUGGUCUUUCCUGGCACACUGUCGACUUGAAAUGGUUUGCUGUUGCAUUGUCUUUACUAGGGUUUGUGAUAUGAUGCAGAUUACUGUAUCUGCCAUAGGGUGGCAGCUGUUUACUAUGAAGACUGAACUACUUUAGAGCCUAAUGAUCCGUGGCCUGUGUGCCAUAGCCAACCUCUCUCAGAACUGUGAUGACUAAUCUCACCCACUAGAGGUCUGUAUUGCUGUGAGUCUUAACGCCCAUACUUGCACAGCCCAGGCUAUAAAGUUGUUGCUUUUGUUUUGUUUGCGCGAUGUUGUAUAUGAAAAGUGUAAGUGUAAUGUUGGAUAUCAUGCACAUACACUGGGGUGACCGGGCCAACUUCGUUGGGGGAAAAUGGCUGCUUAUUUUACCAACUUCUGUUGGUGGCUAUAUUUUCUAUGAUUUGGUGUAUUUUCAACUGACUGAGUGAGUGAUGUAAUUUACCCUAAAGCACACAUCCCUUUGUCCCCUAAUUGUCCAAACCAGGAAGUGCUGUCAGACUAACUUGGCCACUAUCCAGUCUAGUCAACCAAACAUUACAAUCAUGAAGACUGAUGAACCAAAAUCACUCAGACAUGUUUUUAACGAUACAUUUGCUGAGCUAAGAAUUUUAAAAACGUAAUCAAAUCAGAAUUUUAAGCCAUUGUAUUUCAACCAAAAAAGCACCAAAAAGACUUUCCAAAUUUCUAUAUAGUUUAUUUAACUCAUACCUGCCCAUGCCUAAACAUAUUACUGACCAGCACAAUAAUACAGUACUGCUUCAAUGGGAAGAUGGUAGUGAUUUUAUUUCUGAUGAAUUCUGAUGGUGAGUGUGAGUCGAUCCCUUACAUAGGCCCCCUGACAUGGGCAUGGAUUAAACUAACAUUAUUUGGUUGAAAUAUUCACAUGGUAGUAUGAAAUAUGUCUUUUAUAUUAAAUUAAUAAAAUGGUAGCCAGUAGGUUGGAUAUUUAACCUCAAAUUGUUUAUUCUCAAUUCAGCUUUCUUUAGAUAAUACAAUCUAAUGUUUAUUUCAUUUGAUUCAAUACGGAUGCAUGUUGUAAAGUAACACAUUUCAGUUCAUUUCCCAUAUCUUUUGUUUUAGCUAGCUUGUACUUGAGCUACUUCAGUAUACAUAACAAUGUAUAAGUUGCUUUGUACAGAAGGUUCUUCUGAAUAUACUGUACUUGUAUAGAUAAAUGUAGAUAAAUGUGUACAUUAAUUGUAGAUUUUAAAUGGUAAAGGGUUACUUGAGGAUUGCAUAUGUAAAGAUGUUGUAACUAUAUGCUCUAACAAACCUUUUGAUCAAACUAACGAUUCCCUCUAGUUCCUUUUACAAAUGCAAAACUGGCUGGUUUAAAGGACCAAAUGUUUUUGUCCUUUACACACUUGAGGAAAUGGAAUAGUUCCUUUGUUUACAGUUGCGGGUGUCUCUCUUGAUAUGAUUGUUUCUCUCAUGAAUUCACAUGUGACUGCACACACAAACACACAAACACCUGACUGAGCAAUAGUUGUAGUUUUAUCUUGCAUGGAUUUUUAUGAAUAAAAAAAAAUAAAAUCGGUGGUUGUGUAUUUAUCAUUUUAUCAUGGACAUCUGAAAGACAACAAAUGUAAUCUAUGAUAUGUGUAAAAGGUAGAUGUAUCUACAUGUUUAGAAUCCUUGUUUAAUCCUCAUUUGACAUCUUUCUGGAUCCAUAUUCUGUAUGUUUACCUUUUUGUCAUCCUGAUUGUCUAGAAUUGAUUUUUAUUUGGUUGAUUUAUUCUGUACACCCAACAUCAAUUGCAUAUGUGUUACCCUGUUAAAGUUUUGGUUUAGAGAGUUUUUUCUUAUCUGAAUCAAGGGUCAAACAGACAGAUGGUGUCAUAUGCUGCACAGAUUAUAAAUCCCCCUGACCAAAUUAGUCCUAUUGUGCUGUAUAAAAUUGACUUGUCUUGAGCUAGUUUGGACAUACGUAUUCUAGGCAGUGUGCAAACUACCCAUAUUCAUACCUCAGAGCUACCCAGAGG